AUGGAUCCUGCCCCGAAGCUCAAACUAUAUUACUUCAACAUGAAGGGAAAGGGUGAACCUAUUCGUUUAUUAUGUGCCUACACCGGCCUAGAACUUGAGGACUAUCGCUUUGCCUCGAGUCAAGAGUUUGUGGACCUCAAGGAAAAUGGAAAACUUGCGUUUGGACAAGUUCCAAUGCUUGAAGUCGAUGGAAAGCACCAACUAAUCCAAUCGGGAGCCAUCAUGCGAUACCUCGCCAAGCUCACAAAACUCUGUCCAGAGGAUCCAUUGGAGGCUGCGAAGGUGGACGCCAUCUUUGACCAAGAAAACGAUGCCUUCAUGGGCGCCACCGUUGCGUCCUACACCACCCGUUUUGGAAUCGAGAUGGACGACGCUACCAAGCAAAAGGCUUUUGAUACCAUCUCGAAAGAAAUACUUCCUCGUCAUUUGGGCAACCUGGAAAGGCUGCUCAAGGCAAGCAGCACAGGCUGGGUCGCUGGUACCGAGACGCCUACUAUAGCCGACUUUGUUUGGUUCGCACGCUUCGAUGACUACAUUCCCAACAGAAAGCAACUUUCUGAGAACCUGAGAAGUCUUGAUGACUAUCCCGAGUGCAAAGCUUUCGUCGAAAGAUUUAAAUCUCUUGCACCCAUCAAGGAGUACUAUGCUAACCAAAAAUGA